AUGCCUCCAAAGCAACGGGGCGACUUUGUUUGUUCGGUGUGCGGCUUCAGAUGCCGCUAUGACUACUUUGGCAAGACUCCACCGUUUGAGCACGAAGCAGUGAGGUGGGUUGAGGACAUCUUCGCUUUGCAGAAUCCGUCUCCAGCAGAAUACGGGUCUGUUCAGAGCAUCUGCUUGGGAGCCCUUUGCAGUGUCUGUGCUUCUCCAGUGUGCGUCGAUGAGAAGUGUUCCCUGUUUUACAAGCUGCGCUUCUGCAAAACAUGUGCCAAGCAGGCUGAUGGCCACUUUCCGGCAGACGUAGCUGAGAGGCUUUCGAAGGAUUUGCGCAAAUUGUUGCAGACGGACUGGUACAUCCCCAGACCACACACCGAAGCGAUGUCGUUGUCCUUCAUCUCCGUGGAGUCGGCUCAUCGCGGUAGCCACUGGCUGGGUACAAGUUGGAUUAUGCUGACGGACAUUGUGGGCACUUCGGUGCUGACGUUUGCAGGAGUUGCCGCGCAGCUGGGAUGGGUGUGGACCAUCACGUUCAUCGUUGCUCUAGCCCCUGUGGCCAUUUACACGGCACUCCUCAUGUCAAGGACGGCGAGUGCUUUAGCCAAGUUACCAGGAGGUGCACGGCCGACAUCCAUGGGCGAGGCCGCCCGGAUGACGUUGGGCGGAGACAAAGCUGCUUCUGCCACGUACUUCGCUGUUUAUGGAUUCGCAUUUCUCGGCCAGAGUUCUUACAUUCUGGUCCUGGGGCAGUGCCUGCAGGGGGUGUUCUUCCAAAGCCAGCUGUGCCUUCCAACGGCUACUGCUCUCUCCUGCCUCAUGUGCCUUCCCAUAGGAGUGUCUGUGAGGCACCUUUCCGAUUCGGUCGCCCUUUGUUUCCUCAAUCUAUUCCUCAUCGUCGCAGUCCUUGCCAUUGUCAUGGCGAAGAUGUACUUGGACGGGCGACCAUCCGAUGUGAACACCUAUGCUUUCGCAAAAGAUCUUACGUUCUGGACCGUAUUCGGUGCAGCCUCCAAUGUGGUCUACUCUUACGCAGGCCACUGGCUUUACUUCGAGCUGAUGGCAGACAUGCAGACGCCGGAUGACUUUCCCAGGGUCUUUCUCAUCAAUGCGCCGCUCCAGGUGUUCCUCUAUUUGUUGGUGGCAUUCUGGGGAUAUCACUUCGCUGGUGACAAGGCCGAAGGUUACUUCCUGGACAAUCUGCCCGAUGGAGAACCCUACCGUUGGGCAUCCAUUCUGCUCUUCGCGCAUGUGGCCAUUGCAUUUCUGGUAAAGAAUGUCGUUAUCUGUCGUGCCCUUCAUGAGCGUCUUGCUCCCAGCAGGGUAGACACCGGCUUUCGGGAGCCAGGAGGUGUCCGAGCACAGGCAGAGUUUAGUGCCAUUGUGGUAUUCAUUUUCACAACCGGCUGUUUGAUCGCAAACUCCAUACCGUUUUUCUCCGACAUGUUGGCCUUGAUAGGGAGCUUGCUCAGUGGACCGAUCUCCUUUCUCUUGCCGAUUGCUUUCUGGAUUGGGGCGAGACGGGCUCUGGCCGGCGCGGAGCAGACGUCAGUCAGAUCAGGUACGUGCCAAAUGAGCGAGAUGAAUGGAGAAGAAACGCAGCGGCGCACAACUCCAGUCUCAAACGGGCAGGGGACCAGCAGGCAGGAGCCAUCAUCCCGAUUGGAGAUCCAACAAUCGGCACCAAGGAGUCCUUCGAUGCCCCGCGGUAUUUUCGUGUUGGGCUGGAGUGACAUCGUUCCGUGCGCAGCCAUCGUGGCCUUCAUUCUCAUCACCAUGGGGCUGGGCACCAGCCACACCAUUAACGAAAUCUUCGAGAAUAUCCGCAAGUACGGACGCCCCUUCGACUGUCAAGCACGACAUGCACGCGGUGCCGAUUUGUCGCAGAGUGUGCUGAACGGGUUCUUUCUGCUGGACUAG